AUGUUGGGUGACAAAUCGCAGGUUGAUAAGCAUGUAUACCAUCUUCUUGCUAAAUGUUGUAAUCUAAAUGAAAGAAAGUCGAAGGCUCUUGAGAUUGCGAAGCUUUACCAUGGAGUGAAUGAGUUUGCUACGGCUAAAAGUUAUGUUGAAGGCUAUCUCCAAUCUAGACCAGACUCUGUGCCUGCCUAUUUGCUGUUGGCGAAAAUAAGUGAGGAUCUGGAUGACUUGUCGGCUGCAUUAUCAGCCUACAAGUCAGUGUGUUCAUUGUCUUCAUGCGACAAAGGAACAGUACUUCAUGCUUGUUCUUUAGCUUUAGAAUCAAAAGAAUUAUCAGAAGUUCAGUUCUGGGCUGAUAUGGCCGAAAGUAUGUUUCCAUCAGAAAAAAUAGCCUUUAUGUUGAAGGAAAGGGUUUUGAUCAGUAAGAAUGAUGAUUCUGAAUUGUUGAAACUCCUUAAGUCACAGCUGAAAAAAGAUGAAAGUGAUUCAGAAGUUUGUGUUCGGUUCUUGAACCUCCUUCACAAGUUACGACCAGCUACCAAUGUGUUUACACACUUGGUGCAAUGUAUCAAUGCUGGACAUCAUUUGGGUAUUGCCAGUUGGUUUUAUGAAUGUCUGAGUCUCGUAGAGCGUAUGGAUCAAAGUAGCGUAAAUAUCUCUUUGGACACGAAAUCUGUAUGCCUAAUCCGUGCAGUUUGUUUAAUGGAGCUAGUUCGUGUAACAGCACAAACUUCUUGUUUGUCUGACAUGCAUAAUUUGCUAAUGAAGCUGGAAUUAGUUGCUAAUGAACUCAGUAAAUCCAAAUCUAGGAUUCUGAAUGCUCUUCAGAGUUACGCUGUUAUAUGGCUUGAUUUUUACGGUGGUGUUUAUGCUGAACGUCGUCUGAUGGAUUCACCUACUGAGUCUGCAGAUAACUUUCAGCAUCUUCUGGUGUAUCACUUUUAUCAACGUGUUGUUAGUAACCAACGUCCUGAGAUUUUCCAUGGAUCUUCAAGUCUCUCUGCUUUGGUUUGGUCGCAUCUUCAUCGAGAAAGUUUCUCACUUCGUACUCAGGCGACCCAUCUAGUACACUUGUUUGCAUCUCUGCAUGACGACCUGAGACCUAACGAGCAAGGUGUAAACUUUCGUUCAUUGCCGUGGAAACAAUUGAUUAGUUGGGUUAAUGGCGAUCCAGUGAUUGACAGUUUUAAGUCCCAUGCAUCCAAUUUCAACAUAAAGGGAGAUUAUGUACCUGAUCUCUUUGAUGAAAAAGAAUCUAUUCUAGACUAUUUGCCCUCUGCUGAUUGUCUAAAUCUUAUAAUGUGGGUUUGUGCCCAACAGCUGUCGCUUCAGAAUUCGAGUUGUGAAGACUUUACUCUCAGUAUCCCCAGAUUAGAUUUUCUCUAUAAGUUGGUCACGAAGCUUUUCUCGAAGCUAGAGUUUUGUUGUACAUCUCCUGUUUUCGGCUCACCCGCAGAGUUCCAGUCACUUUCAAACGUAAGCGUUGACCAACUUUGUCAAAUUGAUAUAAUUGGAUUCAUGAUGAGCUGCUUUCUUCACAUCUCUAUUCGAAGUCUUUCUAAAGCCAAUUCAAAGUAUUCCCAACCUAUCUGUUCGCAUUUAUUGGUCAAACCAGCAACAGCAGGUACCGGACUAGACUUUCUUUGCUUACCUCUGUGUCUUAUUCCCACUGCACAACUUUCCACUUCCACGCAGCGGGCCUGGUGGUCUGCACUUGUCAAGCAAGUAUUUGAGUCUGGUUCACGUACCACGAUAGAUGAUGGAAAUCGUUCGUUACUCCGAUGUGGUCUCAACCAACUUCGACUUGUAUUCCAUUCGACUUGUUGUUUGAAUGGUGAAAGUGGUAUGAUGAGUCCACCUCUCUUAUUCCGCAUUGCCGGGGUCUCACUUAUUUAG